AUGGCAAUUUUAGCGAAAGUAUCAAAACUAACCAAGUCAAUAGAAAAAUCUGGCCAGCAGAUCAAAAGAUCACAAUUGUCUGCUCCUAGAAAAACCAUGGGUACAAGUGUGCAGGGAGCGGCGCGUGCAGCCCGCGGGUUUUACGGAGCGGGGGCGCGUGCAGCCUGCGCGCCUUCACAUCAGCAGCCCGCCACCCGCAGGCAACCGCCAGCGGCACGGCGCCUACCGCUGACCAACCAGCUGCAGAACUAUCACAGCUGCCGCUAA